UCGACCGCGAAUUGCGCUUGCGUGAAAAACGCGCGCACUCGCCGUCGAGGAAACGGCGUAUCGUCGCGAGGAAGAGGAAGCUCUCGCAGUCGGUCGAUCGUCGCGGCGACGGACACGGAGCGUCGCCGUUCUGUCGUCCCUUUUUAUCGACAGCCGACCGUUGUCCCGCGAGCAAUCCUCCUCUUGCGCGUUCCAACGUUCGAUCGUUUCGCUGGUCGGUGACAAACCGACACGUGCCGUUGUACGCGUCCGCGACGCGAUAACCGUCGUUCCGUCGCGGGAACGUACGCGCGUAAAAGCCCGACCGCGAGCCGCAUCCAUCGGGGCCGACGCUUUCGCCACGACUUCCGGUAUCCUCUUCUAACCCUUCUCGGUGAUUCCAAUGCGCGCACGAACCGUCCUCGUAUUUCCGGGAAACGAACAGCAGCACGCGAGACGGGUAGAUCGUGGCUGGCGAGCGUGCCGUGCGUCGAAAUCGUAGGCGAGGAGAGGCUGGAGAACGAAACGUGCCUCGGGAAAGGGAGAUACGAUUGAUUCGAGCGUCUCGUUUCACCCUCGGCCGGGAAGUCGAUCCGCUCGGAACGUAGAAGAAUCGUGCGUCGCGAUACGUGUAUACGACGCGGGGAGGAAGAAAUGUUGACGUAGCUAGAAGAAAGAGAGAGAGAGAUUAUCGGGAAAGAUAAGAGCCCGAUAACCGGAGGCGGCUGACGAACGAAUCGACUCCGCUUCGCUCCGUUACCGAUUUCCGUUCCCCGUCACUCGUCGCGACGGUGCACGAUAAAAAGCUUCCUUUGAUACGGAUCGGCCCGGCCCGGAACGUCCGGGGCAAACUUCCACGAUCGGCCCCAGUAUCGCGCGACGCGCGCAACGAGCCUCGCGAUUACGAUUCCGAUAAAUGGCGCCGAGCGUCGAAGUCUCUCGAAGCUGAGGGUCUUCGCAGCCGUAUCCGGGGACCGGGCAGAGCCAACGGAAGGCAAAUGGCCACGCUCAACGUGCAGCAAACCGUUCUGAAUGAAACGGCCGGUACCGAGCCGCGCGAGGACGUCGAGCUGACGGAACUGUUGCCGGUGAAACAGAACGGCAUCUACAAAGACCCGGACGCGAACGUCAACGAGAACUUGGACACGGACACGAUCGCCGACGGGACCACGGACGCGUUGAAAGUGCUACGGAGGUUCGCCACCGAUGGCUGCAUCGAGGACGCGCAGGACUUUCAGCUGCGGGACUUCGCGUUUUGCGGGAAACUCGAGAAACAGUCGCGAAAGCCACGGCAGGGAAAAGGGAAGGUCGAGGACCGGACGUUCGAGGCCGAGGCGGGCAAACGGAAACGGAAGGGCAUCUGCAAGAAGAGCGUGGUCCGCGCAAAAUCGCGAAAGAAGAGAUUCGGAACGCCAGCGAACAGAGACGAUGGAACGGAGAAUGGCGGCGAGUCGACGAGCCGGCAGUCGGUCGAGAACGGUUUCAGGGUGGAGAAGAGGACUCUGUCGGAGUACGAGGAGGGAGCGUAUCUGGACUUCGACAGAAGCAAGGACUUCAGCGACGAGAUUUACGUGUUUCGGCGGGAACCGUUGUUCCCCAGCGGGCCGUUCGACCCGGCGGCCGAGCGAACCGAUUUUUAUUCGACGGACACCGACGCGGCGCUGUACGAGCGCGCUAUACCGUCUCGCGGAACGAUCGACGACCAAGAGUCCGAUCUGAGGAGCGACAAGUCCUGCCUGAGCAUCGAGGCGAUCAUCGAGGCGAACUACCUGCUCGAGGGCGAGAACAACAACGUGCUGCGAUCGGCCAGGGAGAAGGUUCGAGACAUCUGCGCGACCACGUUGGUGUUGGACACGUCGAGCAACGACGGAUCGUCGAAGAAGGAAGUCAACGUAGACGAUGAGGCGUUCUCGACGAACGGCAACGAGUACGAAGAGAAGAAGUACUGCUGCGUGGUGUGCGAGGCGCGGUUUAAAGGCAGCGGCGGCCUUCGUAACCAUUACAAGAUCGUACACGGAGCCGGACCGAUCUUCAAGUGCGACGAGUGCGGCAAGGAGUUCCCGCUGAAGGAGAGGCUGAAGCUUCACGUGAGGACGCACACCGGCUUCAAGCCGUACAAAUGCCCGGAGUGCGACAAGAGCUUUGCACGAGGCGGCCAAUUGGUGCAGCAUCGACGCACUCACAGCCAGGUAAAGCCUUAUCGUUGCGGGCUGUGCUCGGGUACGUUCACGUGCGCCGCGAACCUGGCGCUGCACGUGAAACGCCACAACGGCCAGAAGGAUCACAAAUGCGAGAUCUGCGGCCGCGCGUUCGUACGACGGGACGCGCUCAAGAAACACCUGGAAUGCCUUCACAGGGACGUAAAGUCCUUCCUGUGCGUCAUCUGCAACAAAACGUUCAAGGGCCAUCUACCUCAACACAUGAGGACGCACGCGCGAGACCGUCCCCACGGAUGCGCCACUUGCGGCCAGAGGUUCGCGCAAAAGUCCCAGCUGACCGUCCACCAGAGAACCCACUCCGGCCAGAGACCGUUCAGGUGUCUGGUCUGCUGGCAAGCAUUCGCCCACUCGACCGCUCUGAAGCUGCACACCAGACGCCACACCGGCGAGAGACCGUUCAAAUGCGCCGAAUGCAACGCCGGUUUCACUCAGCUGCCGCACUGGAAGAAGCACAUGAAGUGUAUCCACGGCAGAAACGAACCGUACGCCUGCAGACGUUGCAAGAGUUUCUUCAGGAUCAAGAACGACCUCGAGUGCCACGAGAAGACGUGCCAUCCGGAGCUGGGGGCGGCCAACACGGACGGUUCGAGCAACUCGGACGCGAUUUUCAGCGAGAUCGUCGAGAAACCGUUGACGCCGCCUUCCAAGUAUAGGGUGAUGACGGUGGAGAGGAUGAGGUUGCUGCUCGCGGUCCUGUUAAAGAGGAUCAGCAAACAGGAGAGGCUGGAUGAGCUGGGAUUUGGGAAACGACUGAUCGACGAGGUCCUCCACGACUCGCUGAUAUCUGCCGGCAGAGAUCCGGUCGCUCGCGACGGCCUCACGGAACUCGAGACCCUCACCAGGAAUCUCGAGAUAUUUCUGAAAUGGACCGUACCCAAAGAGCACUGGGAGAACUUUCGCAAGCUGAACAAGAGCCCCGAAGACAUAUUGGAAACGCUUACCGCUACCUAAACGAACGUCCAACUGCCUCACCAAAGAUCAGUGGAGACGACUUGCCUCGAGAGUCGUCUCGAUAGAAAUGAGAUAGUAUACUGUCGCGACCCGCGAUAAUCGUCGGUUACGCGAACUUCGAGAAACGUCGUACAAUUUCUCCGAGGGAUCGACGAAUGUCGGUAACGUUAUAUAGAAUUUUCUUUAGUUUAACGUUGAUAUUUACUAGUCCAAAGGUGCAAACGCGGUGUCUACGAUUAAAUUUGAACAACUUCUUUCUCUCCUUCGACUCUAUCAUUCUUUAAGGUUCGUUAGUUAAGAGAUCGACUGAUUUAUUUAACGGCAAGAUGCUAGACGUCGUGUGCAAUUCAACGAAAGAAUCGGUCCGACGUACAGGGGCCACGGACGUAACGAUUUGUCCUGCUAAUUGCUAUUCUUUAACAUCUGCAUCGGUCCACUUUACCGUAAUCUACGUAAAUGGCUGCCCGUGAUUUUGCUACCUUGCAUUUUUAUAGAACUAUGUCCAACCUUUUAUUCUAUUUCGAUUACGGUUCGAUUUUAUAUAAUGAAAUAUAUCAGCCUGAACAGCUUUUUAUACUGAUAUUGUAACGAGGCACGCGUGACUGAAAAAGUAAAAUCACGUAUACGUGACAGCGGCCGUCAAAGUAUAUUGAAAACGAUAUAAGAAUAUACACAAAACCGUAAUCGAAAUCCAUAUGGGCUAGAACCAAUAUACGACAGUUGAAACGUUGUAUACUAGAGUCUAUAUCAUACAAGGUUGGCUACCACUGAUAUAAAUCGACGUAAAACAAAAAUAAGCGAUAAAUUCAAUGUUUCCAGAUUUUUUUACCGACACAUUCACUGUGUCAUAAAUCGUACGAUAAUCGUAAAGCGUCUGGGGUUGUUUACGUAAGAACGCCACGGUAGGUGGCAGUAGAAACGCCGCCAUAAAACCUGCAACAUUAAAGAUUCGAUUAAAAUGUUACAUUUUAGUAACGCGUGUCGAGUAUUUCUUCUUACUUCGCGUUGGCUCGUAGUAUGAUAAAUCGUUACGACUUUGACUCCUGAUAGAUGUAAGAAGAAACGUGGAAAACGGCAGACUGUCCUGUAAAGUAGAAACGUUAGCGAUACACGCGGAGAUUGCAUGCUUCGAUAAUAACGUUACGACUAUAUACGAAAACUUACGUUUCACACUGUUAUUCGUUCGAUUCGGAAGUAUAAUCGCGACACCGGAAACGACAUGCCGCUUCGCCGUGUCUGCGCAUCCUCUCGACAGUCUGAACGUUAACCUCUUCCGGUGUGCAAUUGUGUUUGACUAAAAUUUAUUAAGGUACAAGGUAUUCGCUAAAGUUAUGAAUAAUUAUUCAAAAUUUUGGUAAUGAUAUAACCGAUAACGUCGGUACAAAACUGAUAGAUGUCACGGAUACGAUAUCGAUUUGAUUGUUUGAUAUGGAAAAAUUAGAUCGACCCCGAAGAGGAAAUAUACGUUACUCGUGAUACGCGACAGAGUGUGCGGUACUUAUUAAUCAAAAAUGUCGGCACGACAUCCAUCGACCAGGCUGACGACAGAACGGAUCGAGAGCGAGAUCCGUUUCGAUCGACCGAAAGGUACGUUCAUCGAUUUUUUAAAUCUAGUAUAGGAGAAAAAGAGGUAUAUUUUCGACGCAAAAGUGCGUAAGAACCUUCUUGCCAUAUUUCUUAGCGUAUAUCUAUGCAUGCGAGUGCACGCACGUACUGUGUCAUUGAAACGUCAUUAUAAUUGCACACUUUAGCGUAUGCUAGGUUCGUAGACGAUCCUUUACGAAAAUUUAAGAGGCUAAAUAGGAUCUUAGAACUGCACGUCGUUUAUUGCAAUAUAUUCUUUUAUAGCUAAGCGAAUAAUUCUCCGGGAAAAAAGCGUACGUUAGGUUUCAUAAGUAUCAAUGAAAUUCGUGCCCUUUUUCCAUUUUAAGAUGUAAAUGAUAAUUCGCCAAGCAGAAAGUGAUUUAAUAACAUACGCGUAUUUUCCAGGGAACUAUUCAAACGUUAUGGUCCUGUAUUUAUAUGCGCAACAUGUACCAAGUUGUCGAAAAGUUCGCUGCUUUUAACCCUUAACUGUAAACGUAACUAGUAUCGUUGGGCAUUUAAACCUUUCAAAGUGUGGUAUCGGAAAAAAUUAAAAGUAGUGAUAUUAUCGAAGUGUUCUACUGUAAAACGCGGAUUUUUAUUGAAAUGUUUUGCAAAGGUUUCUAGUAGAAUACUCCCUUAAAAUGUGAAUAAAAUAAACGUAGUCGCUGGGAUGCCAAAAUACCCCACGGUACCAGUUAAUUAAGGGUUAACUUUAUCGAUACGUAGAUAAGACAAUUUUCUUUACACGACGCGAUACAGUUUUCGUUUCCUUAAGAUAGAGAAAAUUUGUUUUUCGUUGUUGGGAGCGAGUUAGAGCUCCAGGUUGGCGUCGAGUUAGAAUAAAAUUAUAUGUUAACGUUGAAAUGCAUUUCGCGGAACUUAGUACAUGAGAAGCGAUGCGCCACGCGAUUUCGUUUUGUGUUCACGGAAUCUCCAUUCGCCGUACGCUGAGAAUGGAGACUUCGAUGCCGAAAGACCUUACCCUCGCUCCGUUUCUAUUAUAGUUGACAUGGUUAUUCGUUAUCUGACCUCGGUACGCAUUCGCGUGUAUUGCCGUAUUGUACGUUUAAUUGUUCGUACGCGUGCUCGGAAGAAGCGCGACAUCCUUUAGAUAGGUGUAAGUAAAUGUGAGCAGACAAUAAUGAAGAAGGUUGCGAGAUAGAUAUAUAUUAGCCAUUGAAAAAAAGAUAUAUAAAUAUAUAUAUAUAUAUAUAUAUAUACACACACACAUAUAUAUAUCCAUAUACACAUACGAAUAUACGUUAUAUUAUUGUGCGAUACAUGUUUGAAAUCGAACGAAAAAUGAGAGAAAAUGAAUAUACGUUAAUGCGUUUCCUAUUAUAUUAGUACUGUAACGUGUAAUAUGUUUAAUUUGUUAAAAACGUUUUAAUUCCGUUGAACGUUCAGCAGGGUGCUAUUUUGUAUUGCGCAAACAUUUCGAAUAUUACCUGCUAUCGUACGCGCGUCAAUCGGUGGAAAUCAAAUUUUCAUCAACGGCCGUUUGUAAACGAACACUUUGACGACGGACGUAGUAUUAAUGAAUUCAUUACACGGUCGAAGGUUGUGUUCAUCGUUUGCAAUCGGUGAUUUUUAACAGUUUAACUGCCGGUAAAAAAAUUGUGUAAGUCUUACACAGGCCAAAAAUAGUUUUAUAUUUAAAUAUGCUACCCUUGCCACUUCCCUAUUUAGCGUGUAGACAGAAAAUGUCUUUUCGUGCAGAGUGUACGCGUUAAAACCUCUCAAAGAAAUGUUUCGGACAAAACUUAACGCGUACAAUUCUGUAUAGAAGUGUUAAACACGCUAUUAAACGGAUCAAUCAAAAAGCAUUAACGGCAGUCGAAUUGGUAAAAACGCAAAGCGGCCAAUGUUCAUCGAGAUCCAAAGAUUAUUAUUUAUACAAUUUCGUUGGGAAACUUUAAAAAAGUCGACGAAAAGCUCGAUAUAAUUUCAGAUAAAUUAACGAUACGGGCAAAGUUUUAUUCGAACAAAAAUAUAUUGGCAAAGUUUAGUUAUUAAAACCAGGGUCAUCCUGUAUAAUUAUAGUUCUUUUUAUUUCUAUAUCGUGCAACGGAUGAGCUAUUUUUUUUUUUAAGUUCAUACAUGGAUUAGAAUUUUGCCCGUCUCUGGUUAUUUGUAACGUGUUCUGUUGCGAGAAUUCACUCGGUGGUGCGUUUACGUAGGUUGCUAAAGCCACAAGAUUAUGUUGACACGAACCGAUAGCAUAUUGUUUCGAAAUUUAUUCGAAAGAUCGAAAUCUACUCUUUUGACCGGCGUAGAAAUGCAAACAGGGGUCGCGAGACAUUGAAUAUAGAAUGUAGAAUAUAGAUCGAGGUCAAAGGAGACACGUCGUGCGCAUUCGGUCGCUCGAAAGUUGAGACAGAAAGAAAAUAAGAUUCACGGAGGGGACUCGAGGCGGAGAUUUCGAUGUUUCGACGAGACAGCGCUUUGAAAUUUUUCGCGUUACUUUUAAGUUACGGUGCCAAAGCAAAAGAAACUAAAAAAAAACCAAAAAAAAAGAAAAAAAAAGAAUUCUUAGCCAACGCUACGAAUGUCGCGUGCACGACCUAAUGUGUCUGUUGUUAUCUUUCGCCGUCACUCGCGUGACGAUUACGAACGAGCGUUCCUGGACAUUUACGUUACCCGCGUUUUUUCCUCGUUCUUUUUCCGUUGAACGCAUUAUCGAAAGAUUCAAAACUUCUAUUUAUUGUUUUUUCAU